GAGCAGAAACGACAGCAGAGAGCAUUGCAGAAACAAAAGGAAAAAGAACAAAAAGAAGCACAAAAAGCUGCAUUGCAAAUGGAGUCAAAUAAAGUAAAGAUAACAAAAAGCGCUGAUCCUUCUGAUCCUCAGGAAUACUACAAGAUGCGCGUAUCAAUGAUUGAAAAUCGACGUGCAAAUGGUGAUAAUCCAUUUCCACACAAAUUCAACGUUUCAAUAUCUAUAACCGAAUUCGUUAGCAAAUAUAAUUAUCUGGAAAAGGAUGCGUUAUUGGAAGAUACUGUUGUUAGUGUUGCAGGUACUCAUUAUUUCAUACCUUCAUUACUACCAGUAGUAUUACCUGGUAACUGCGUUUAUAUGUCCUGA